GCUCUGCAGUGGCCGUGGCUGCGUUUCGAGCGGAGCCGUGCUGCGUGCCGCUACUGCUGCCAUCGCCCAGCCCCGAGCAGGUGCCAGGAGCAAGGGCCCUGCCGGGUGCUGGGGCACAGCGGGAACGCCCGGGAGGGGCUGGUUCGUGUCUGUGUGAGAUAAAGGCGGUCUGGCAAGCAGAGCCAGGGUUGUUGAGGUCUGCGUCCCAGGACACACUGACUCCGGCUGCGGGGAGCGACUGCAGCCCAGGGCCGAGGGUAAGGCCGGGGAUGGGAGGGGGCCUGAGUCCCAAAACCCCCAGUCCUGCCCCACAGUCGCUCUUCCCUCGGGUGCCAAUGGACCGGGCUGGGCUUACUGCUGCCCUGGACCUGGUCUGCUGCAGGGCACCUGGGUGCAUGGGGCGCCUGAGCCGGGGGAGAGUCAUCUGCACUAGGGUUUGGCUGCUCUGUGCCUCAGUUUCCCCAUCUGUAGCAGGAGGGAGAGAUCCUCCCCUCUUCCCUUGUUCUCUCUUCCCCUGGGCUCAGAGGCUGGCAUCGGGUCAGGGUGGGAGAUGCCCUCGUAAAAAGGCCGGGGGCACCGGGAAGCAGGCGGCCACCACCACGCAGGCUGCGCCUCCCUCCCGUGUCUAUUAUGCGCUGGUCUGGGUGGUUCAACACCCUGGUGCUGGCAACAGCCCCCAGCCUGCCUGGGGACCCUGGUCCCGAGUCGCCCCACAGCUCUGCCCCCCUCGCAUCCCGGGCAGCGGCAGGCUGAGGACCCCUUGCCACCCUGGACAGGGGUCCCCAAGCAACCACGGAGGUGCAGGGUGGUGCUGCCCAGUGGGGACGGAGCUGGGGCCCCUGGCCCUGGCGUGCGGACCAGCCCGGGCCCCCGCAGCACCUGGGAGGUGAAGGAGACCUGGACUGAGCCCUCGCUUAAACCCCUUAAGUGGCCUGUGCAGUGCAGCGGGGCAGGGGGUGGAGGGAAGAGGUUCAUGGGGGCAGGAGGAGGGGGCUUGCGGCUCCCCCUUGCCUACCCCCUCCCCACACUGGAGCCUUGCAGGGGGACGGGGACUGAAGGCGAGGGGCUGCCGCCUGUGGUGUUGUCCACCCCCCCCAAUGGCCCGGGCUGUGCCGUGCUGGAGAGCGGCGUGGGCGGCAGGGGGUGCUGCGAGACCUCGGAAGGGAGUGUCAUCCCCGCACCGGGCUGGGACCCAGGAGCCCUGGCUCCCCCCUGCCCCGAGCUAGGGUGCGGGCCCAGGGGUCCCGGGCGCCCUCCCCGAGCAGGGAUGGGACCCAGGAGUCCUGCUGUGCUCCGGGACGCGCCUGCGAGCUCAGGGCCCCUCCGUGGGGCUCACCCGGCGCUGGGAUGCUGCUGUGGGGAGAGCCGGGCGUGGGGCGGCCCCGGGCCUGUCUGCCCUGCACCUGCCCAUCGCUGCCUGGGCCCUGCUGCAGCUCAGCUGAGCUGGGGGGCUUCCCCCCCCCCCCAUGGGGCAGGCACGGACCUGCUGCUACGCCCUGGCGGGGCAGCAGCAAUGCAGAUGCCUAGGACUCCCCAGACCCUGGGGUGUGACACCCCCCGGAGAGCCCGUCCUGGCAUGACCCAGCUCUGCGUGCAGGGCAGUGCCAGGACCUGCCUGAGGCCAGGCAGGUGGCAGAGCUGGGAAUGGAGCCAGGCCCCCGCCCCGGCUCCCUGCAGGAAUGGGAGAGCUGGACCCCCCCCCCGCCCCACGGGGCAGCCAGCCCUCAGCUUCCUCUUCGCUGCAGUAUAUAACCAGAGCUUGGGCAGAGGCUUCACGCAUCACUCGGCGAUCCCCACGGCGCAGGCUGCCCCGGCUCUCCGGCACGGAAAGACAAUGGACUACUCAAUGGAAGGCUACCCAGACUACCCAGGCGGGGAGGUCAACAACACCGACUACUACCCCACCACGACGAAUGUCGACCCCCUGGGUUACGUGUUCACCCCCAUCGGCACGGCAGCUCUGGUCCUCUACACCCUGAUCUUCAUACUGGGCGUGCUGGGCAACGGGGCCGUCAUCUGGGUGACGGGCGUGGAGAUGAAGCGCACGGUGAACACUGUCUGGUUCCUCAACCUCGCCGUGGCCGACCUGCUGUGCUGCCUGGCGCUGCCCUUCCUGGCCAUGCCCCUCAUCCGCGACCACCACUGGGCGCUGGGCAGCUUCCCCUGCAAGCUCCUGCCGUCCCUCACCAUCCUCAACAUGUUCGCCAGCGUCUUCGUCCUCACGGCCAUCAGCGCCGACCGCUGCGCCCUGGUGACCCUGCCCAUCUGGUGCCAGAACCACCGCUCGGCGCGGCUGGCCUGGGGCGUGUGCGGGGCGGCCUGGCUGCUGUCGCUGCUCCUCACCGUGCCGUCCUUCAUCUUCCGCAAGACCAAGAGCGAAGUGUUCGCCGUCAAGGUGAUGUGCGUGCUGGACUACACCUCCGUGUCCGGGCACCAGCAAGCGACCGAGGUGGCCACGGCCGCCCUGCGCUUCGCCUGCGGCUUCCUGGUGCCUUUCGCCGUGAUCUGCUCCUGCUACGGGCUGGUCCUGAUGCGCAUCCACAAAAGCCGCUUCGGGCGCUCGCGGAAGACGCUGAAGGUGGUGCUGGUGGUGGUGGUGGGCUUCUUUGUGUGCUGGCUGCCUUACCACGUGACCGGCCUGAUCAUGGCUUCCAAACUGUCCAGCGAUCCCCUCUUCCACAGGAUCCAUCAGAUCGACCCGCUCAUCGUCGGCAUCGCCUACAUCAACAGCUGCAUCAACCCCGUCAUCUACGUCCUCGUCGGCCAGGACUUCAAGGUCAAGUUCCGGCGCUCGCUGCGGGGCCUGCUGCGCGAGGCGCUCACCGAGGACCUGCCCAGCACCGGGGACAGCAAGGCGCGGACCAGGUCCACCAUGGACAAGAGCACGACCACCACCAUCUGAGCUGGGCGAGCAGGACAUGUCCCCCUCCCACCUCCAGCCGGACUUCGCGCCCCUGUCCCUCUGUCGCUACGAGCUGGGGGCACGAAGCGACGUGGCAGCGCCCCCCCGUCCCCAUCCAGUCCCCAGCUGCAGACUUGAACGAUGCCGUGUCCAAAUCUGCACGCCCGAAUAUGCACACUCUCAUCCGCGUCCCCUGCUCCUGCUGCCUCGGUGCCCCCUUCACCCCUUCGCAGCUCCGUGCCCCCAUUUCCACCUGCUUUUGAGACGUCUCAGCUGCUCCCGUGCUCUGCAGCCCCAUGCACCUGGGCGACCACGCACCCUGCCCCAUAGGAGCCUCACUCGGCUCCCCGAGGGUCAGCCCCUGUUGCAAAGGGACAAUCCAGCCGCCUCGUGGGCAUGUCCACGCUCUGGCCACGCCGCCUGUGUGUCCGGCUACCAAUAAACGCAGCGCUCCAGCGG